AUGACCACCAAUAAUUCCGAUUCUGAUCCCAAUCUUCACAAUCAACUUCCUCCUACUUCUAACGCAAUCGUCCCUUCCUUGCCUAAUCCAAAUCUCCAACUUGCUUUUUCUCCAAGUUACGAUCAGAGCCCUAGAAAGAAACGCACCAAAACCGUUGCUUCAUCAUCCACCUCUUCACCAAAACCAAAAUACACCAAAAGACCGGACCCAAAUGCCCCCAAAAUCACACGUCCAUGUACCGAAUGUGGCAAAAAGUUUUGGUCCUUGAAAGCUCUUUUUGGUCACAUGAGAUGUCACCCUGAGCGUCAAUGGCGUGGCAUCAAUCCUCCUCCUAACCACCGUGGCUCCGCCGCCGCUUCAUCAUCGAAACAGCUAAACCAGAGAUCACCGAAUUGGCUCUCAUCUAUGUCUGAAGAAGACCAUCUCGUCGCGUCUUGUCUCUUAAUGCUGUCUGAUGCCACACCAUCAUCAUCAACUAGCCAUGACCGGUUCGAGUGUGGAGGAUGCAAGAAAGUGUUUGGAUCACAUCAGGCUUUAGGAGGACACAGAGCGACUCACAAGAACGUUAAAGGAUGUUUCGCAAUCACAAACGUAACCGAUGAUCCUAUGACGGUAACUUCUACGUCUAAUGAUCAAGAUCAUCAUGGUAAGAUCGUCACGUUUUCGGGGCACCAUAAGUGUAAUAUCUGUUUUAGAGUGUUCUCGAGUGGUCAGGCUUUAGGAGGCCACAUGAGAUGUCACUGGGAGAGAGAAGAGGAGACGACCAUUGGUGGUGCGUUUGAUCUGAAUGUUCCCGCAACAAUAGAGGAUCCUUCUACUUCGGACACAUCAGGGUGUUCAUUAGAUCUUAGCUUAAGACUUUAA